AUGAGUCCCGUCAACCAACAGACAGGCUCUGGCACCAUACGUCGCCAUUUAUUCUCGCUAUCAUCAGUCUUUCGCCCCCAGGCAAGCAAGAGGCCUAGCAUAGCUGAUAAUACAGUGCAGGAAGAGCCAACUUGCCAAGAAAGAAUCCAUUAUCCUGUGUUUAAUCCCCUUGAUCCUCGUCACAAUCCGGAAAUAUCGACAUUGUCAUGGAAUCCCAAUGAGCAACAGAGUUCGUCUUCGGAAUCGCGCAGUCCAAUGGCAUGGGUCCAAUCCGUCUCAAGACGAUCUCUCCAUAGAGCACGAUCAGGUCUGAUGGCGCUGAGAUCGGGGUUUAAUCGCCAUUCAAGUGAAGAAGGCAAUACCGAGAAAAGUUUCGUUAGCCCCGUUGCUCUCAGGCGCGAAAGACAACGCCACGCACUCUCAUCCGGGGCGUACACUUCGGAAACACAAGAAGAUAUGAACUUUGGCACCGAACUAUCUCGUGUGGAUCUUGUACCACCUCCUCCAUCAUCCAAUGAUGAAGUGGGGUCUCUUGUCCGCGUCCCGUCUAUUAAUUCGAUACAUGGCUCGUUCGCAACAGUUCCCGCAUCUGCAUCUUCGCCCAAACUCUACCAACCCUCCAGCCGAGCUGUAAGUAAUUCGGGGGCAAACUCGACUUGUACACAAGCCAAUGAUCAUGAUCGUGACUUCCAGGUCACUGGAAGUGGAGACUUGGAGGCGAAUACGGAUUCUGAGGAUCACUUUACUCACACCACGCCGUCGAUAGAAAACCGUUUGAUGCAGCAGACAUUGGGCGUUGCGAUCUCUACUGACGAAGAGAUUAGAAUGCCCACCAACGGCCUGGCAGAUCCUCAGUCGGUUCGUGGACAGCAGCAAGCAACAGAUAUUCAGCAGCAAAAUACCAGUCGUGCAAGUUCGGAUACACAAACCAGUGAUGAUGAACCAAGCCCAGUUCCCAUCUCGAGACAAUGCUCUGCUGAAGUUGGAUUCGCAUUCCCUGGAGUCUAUCAUGAGGCACUAAACCAGUGGACGCGACAACAUGGCAGUCCCAGCCCUAGUCAGCACAUUACCAACCCCAGUGAAAACAGUCCCAAUACCAGCCGACACAGUUCCAGUCCAAGUCAACAGAGUCACAGCCUCAGCCAACACAGACCUAAUUCCAGUGAACACAUAAUCAGGCUCCAUGAACAAGGAGAAACCUCAGACGCUUCUCAAGAGCCACUCGAUCACAUUGUGCUUCAAGAUGACACGAGUAACAACAUGCCUCCAUACCGUGAACACGAUGAAAGUCUCAUACCUCUGGUACCCCUGCAAACAACAAUUACGCAUUCUGAAGAGAUACAGCCAUUUGUCUAUCCUAAUCCCCUCAAUUGCAUCUCCAACCGGGACUUUGGCGAAAGAUUGUCGUCUAUUUUCGAAAGAUCAAGCACACAGUGGUCAAGUGUUGAAGAUCAUUCCAGCCGUUACACACCCGCCGACACCACGUCGCGAGAUAUCACAUCAACGGAAAUGACCUCAAUGGAAUCAAUGACAAACGAUACAUGGUCCCCAUGGUCCCCGAUGGACUCUGAGGUCCUAUUCCCCAGCCCGGUGGAGGAUGGAAACGAUUAUUUCCUUGUUGACGGCAAAAGAAACAGCCAGUAUCCAGACAGAGGCGAUGGACCAGUCAAAUACACACAGCAUACCACCAGCAACUGUGGUAAUACCGGAGGACCCCAAGAACUAACUGAGGUGACCACUCCAGGGAUGCUGUCCCUACCCCUCAUAUCUAAUGGCAUUCCGGGUGCAGGAUUUGACUUUGUGGAAGAGGAUACGGACGACGAGUUUUACCCUGGAAUUGUGCAGCCAAGACAGUUUUGGUGA